AUGUCGGCAAAUUCAUUUCUGGACAAACCAUUGCUUAAAGUCAGUCGACCAGUCGCCGCAUGUUCUAGAUGUCGGACGGCGAAAAUCAAAUGCGAUGGGAAGCUUCCUGCCUGCUCUGCCUGUGAACGAGUGGGAAAAGCAAGUACUUGCUCUGGUGCUAGCGAUGAAUUCGCUAGAGGAAAAGAGAGAAGCUAUGUUGCAUCCUUAGAGGGCUAUUGUGAACGGCUUGAGAAGCAAAUUGCGGCUCUCCGAUACCGUAAAGAAUCCUUGUCCACGGAUGGUACAGGAGCAUUCCGGGAGAGCUCUAUAACUUCAAUCUCUGCAUUGAAUAAUGUUGCACAGUCACAUCGCAAGGAGGUGUCUGACAUCGACGAUCUUGUUGGAGAUUUUGGGUUUCUGUCAGUCAAUGCCACUUCGAGAGAUUUCCAUGGCAUCACAUCGAGCACCUCGUUCGCCAAUCUUCUUCUAUCACUAUCCAUUGCAGAGCCGCUUCCGAAAUUACCCCCACAGCCAUUGCCCUCCCGCCACGAAAUCACGCCCCUCUUGCGGCAUUAUUUUGACAACAUCUAUACGCAGCUGCCCUUCUUCGUGGAGACCAGUUUCUGGACCUCUGUAGAUGCAGUUUAUCAGUCGGGCGGCCGGUUUGCAAAGCCUUUCGAUCACUGGAUUCUGCGUCUCGUGCUGGCUACGUCCUCCGCAUCUACAUCUUACCAGCCCGGAGAUCGGGAUCAUCAAAGAGCAUUAUCAUUAGUAACUGAGGCAUUCAAACAUGCAGAUGAAGUUCUACGUCCGGGAUCGGUCGUUGGUAUUCAAGCAAUUUUAUUGCUUGCUCAAUAUUCCUUCUUUGACCCUAACCACUUUCGAACUUGGUAUCUAGUGGGGACAGCUGCGAGGGCCAUGUUUGAUCUCGGCUUGCAUCAAGAUCCUCCAUUGGAAGAGUUAUCCAUUCCGGACCGGCUAGAUAUCCGUCGAAUCGUGUACCAUUGCGUAUACUGUCUGGAUCGAGCAGUUAGUACAGUCCUGGAGAGGACUCUUUCAUUUUCGGAAGAAUCCGUCAAUGUUGCUCUACCAGUUGUCAGUACCCCGUUAGAUUCUGCUCUAGCUGGGCAGAGCGAUGUUUUCCUACAUAGUUCGCAGUCUGCUUGGCAUAUGGUUAAGAUUCGACAGAUCCUGGCCGCGGCUUAUCAGAAUAAGUACUACUACGAUGAUGAAGCAUCAAUUCAACAUACGGCUUCCAUAUGGAGCUCGUGCCUGAAGGCCCAGGAGUGGUUCGACAAUGCCCCCGAGAAUGCUUCCGGUCCUUAUAGUGUCUUGUAUAGACUGGAGCUGCUUUACACGACCGUUAUGAUACUGUCGCCCAUGCAUAGGUUCCUGGGAACGUCUGAGUAUACCAAAGUUCUGUUAUUCGAACGUUGCAUGGAUUACAUCCGUCAACUUCACCAAAUCUUGGAAAACCCAAGUCUCUUGCCGUUGAUGACAUAUCUUGACAUUCAACGCGCAUACCAGGUUAGUAGCCGAUUUCUCGAGCUUCUAAAUCAACACUUUGAACUCGUAUUGAACCCCUCGGUGCCGCCGCUCCCCCACCUGUCUUUUGACGCACCAGAACCGCCUACAAUCAACGCAAAAGACCGCGUGAACUGCCACGCCCGGACGAUUGUAUGCCUGGACUAUAUCCAGGAUCUUCUUCAAUAUUGCUUGAGAAAGUGGGGCAUUGGCAGUUGUCUGGAGACAUUUCAAGCCAUCUCAGGGCCGGCUCGGAAACGGUUGAUGCAGUCCCCCCCCAUUUAUCUCCCCGGGACAGGAUCCUAUAUGAAUGGGCCACCUAUGCUUCCGGCUUCAGGAGGGACGGGAUAUUCAGGGUAUGACCUCGGACGAUAUGGGAUAUGA